AAUUGUACUCAGACCAAGUAGUAUUAAGAAGUCUUGCUUAAGUCUAAAUAUCUUUUUCUUUCUUGGGGUUUCUAGAUGAGUAAAAGGCUUAUUGGUCAAGUUCUGACUUGAAAAAUAUUUUUAGGAUGUCUGAAGAUGAGGAAAAACUUAAUAUUCGUCGUCUGGAACCCGCCAUCCAAAAGUUCAUUAAAGUGGCAAUUCCAACGGAUCUGGAAAGAUUGAGAAAACAUCAAAUAAAUAUUAAGAAGUAUCAGAGAUGCAGACUCUGGGACAGAUUACAUGACGAGCACAUCAAUGCUGGACGUACUGUUCAGCAACUGCGAGCUAAUAUCCGAGAGAUGGAGAAACUUUGUUUACGGGUUCGACUGGAAGAUAAACAAACUCUGCAAAGAAUGAUAAAUCCAGUUAAAGAGGAAGCUUCAUUUGCCAUAAAAGAAUUUCUACAACUCCAUUCAGAAUCUGCAGAAGAACUUAAAAGACAGUUUAAUGAACAGGAGGGCACCUCUUUAAAAUCUCCUCUAAUCAGCUCUGCAACAGUAGGAGGAGAGCCUUGUCAUAACAUGGAAGCUGUGGACACUUCCCAGAGUUUUAUCCAGAUGUGCUCCCCUCUCCCUGAAAUUCCUCAGGAUGAAAAUGCUGCUGAAUCAUGGGAAAAUUUAGAAGAGGAUUUGAUUGAACUCAGCCAGCUGGUGACUGACUUCUCUUUACUAGUCAAUUCUCAGCAGGAGAAGAUUGACAGGAUUGGAGACCAUGUCAACAGUGCUGCUGUGAAUGUUGAAGAGGGAACCAAAAACUUGGGGAAGGCUGCAAAAUAUAAGCUGGCAGCUCUGCCUGUGGCAGGUGCACUCAUCGGUGGAGUAGUGGGAGGCCCUAUUGGUCUCCUUGCAGGCUUGAAAGUGGCAGGAAUUGCAGCUGCACUUGGUGGUGGGAUAUUGGGCUUCACAGGUGGAAAAUUGAUACAGAGAAGAAAACAGAAAAUGAUUGAGAAACACACUUCCACCUCUCCAGACCUUCCUAGCCAAAGUGACAAAAAUCCAGCUGAAGAAAGAUUUCAGCACGACUAGGAUGGAAAGGAAGAGUUCCAGUGAUGGACAGAUAUGCAGGUUUCACUUUGAACACAAGUCUGUGUCGGGACUUUUGACUGCCCUGUUGCUGUUUGGGAGGUGAGAGAAGUACUAUUAGUCCUGUAAUAUUGAAAGCUGUACUGAAUAUCUUUUCAUCAUGAAGAAAUAGGCAGCUCUAAUAAUAGAUUGUGUGCCAAAUUCACCCCUGAUUUUGUAUGAUGAUGCUGGAGUGGGUUUAGCUGAGAAUCUAGAAGAAAUGAGUGGCUUUGGAGCAUUCUUAUCAGAAAACCUGAGGGGCCUCUAUGGCUUGGAGCACUUCUCUUAAGUGAUUUCAGAGAUUAGUACACUAGCCUCUACCUGUUUUUUAAACUUCAAAUUUUGAUUCUUCUCAAAUGACCUGGUUUUCAUCUUCAUUUCUAUGCCCAAGCCCCCUGUACAGCCUGGUGUGACUGUCUGCCAGUUCCCUCAGCAGAUGCACAGACUGGUAGUGAGGCUUAAUGGGUAAGGUUAAAUCACAUUGUUUCAGUUGUGGGGAAAGCUUAAAUAAAUCCAGCACCUGCUCGAAUGAUCAAACUUAACCAAAGCACUAAAUUCCAAAGCACUAAAUUCUCUUUCCUCCUCUUCAAGUCAUUGAUUCUAUCUUUGUCUUCUCUUG